AUGGACGCCGGCGGUCUUGCUCAGAUGUCCUACAACAACUUUCCAUCCAGUAAUGGACUGGGUAUGCCUGGAUCUGGCUUUGCUUCCAGACGAGCGAACGGCUCAAACAUCAAGCGCCUCUCCUUUGAGCCAGCCAAGCCUUCCGAUGCUCAAGACAACGGAGCGCCGACUCCUCGCACCUCCCGUUCUCACCUUCUUGCAGGCUUGAGAACUGCCCCUAAGUCGGCCACCUCGAGCACCUUCCCUUCAACUGCUCCUCCUACUCAGCUUCAGCACAACACAGGUCUCGGAGGCAGCAUCUAUGCAAAGGAGGAAUCAUACGGCGGACCCAAGACAUCCAACAACUUCGGCCAACGAAAUGGGUACGGCCAGAUGAACAACAAUACCAACAACCAGAUGUACUCUGUUCCAGAGCAGAUCCUCGCCCCUCCGGAGAUUCUGGUUGAUGAGCAUGGCCAGGAACAAAUGGACCCAAACCUGUAUGCUCAACUGGUAGCUACCAACAUGUACCUCGCAGAGCAGCAGCAGCGACUUCAGCAACAGCUAGCCAGUGUUCAGGCAGCCGCUCAACAAUUCCAAGGCAUGAACUUGGGGAUGCAACAGCAGCAGUUUGCUACUCCACCAAUCACUCCCCAGAACAUGUAUCAACAACAGGUCAAGAACAACAUGCAGCCCAUAAUUGCCCCAGUUAUGGGGCAGCCAGGUGUCUAUUCGCACUACAAUCCCAUGACCGGCGUGCAAAGCUACUUCUUGGAUCAGAGCCAGCAACAAAACCAGUACAUGGAGCAGAUUGUCCAGCAAUCCGCCAACUACUCUCCACCUCAGCAGCAUGGUACACCACGAUUCCAAGUUUCGCCUCCCCCUCAGUCCGAUACACCUACCUUCACCCGAAGUAUCAGCCCUCCCAAGAAGAGCUCUUCCCCACCCCAGGAUCACGCCCCUUUGCCACCCCCAUCAGCUGGAGCUUUCCGCCGAGGACAUCGCAAGGCAAACUCCAUGGCUAUCGGUACCGAUAUCCCAAGCGCUUUUGAAGGACCUAGAUCUGCAAUGUUGCCAAAAACAAUGGGAUUCCCAUCAACUCCAGCUUUCGGUCCCGGACAAGCUCGUGCUGGGGAGCACCCAAUCCGACAGCCUCGUGGACCACCUUCAUUGGACGAGUUGAUUGCAAAGCCAACUACCAAAUUUGAGGGCAGCAAGAACUUCGCUACCCGAACUCGUCGUAGUGCAGUACACAAUCUUGUACGUGCAGGAUUGGAGCGCCGAAGAUCACCAGGAAGUGCAGGCUCUGGAAGCAUGUCUCCCGUCUCAGAAGCCGGUGAAAUUACCUUCGCCACCUCGGAUAAUGAUUCGGACAGCGGCCGCAGUGGAAGUGGUAGUCUUUCUGGUCGUCCAAGCCCCGAUAGCCCACGCACUUCAAUUCACGGAGCAAUUGGAAGCGAUCGCCCUUCCUCACGUUCCAACGAACGCUCAAUGGAGCGAAAGAGCGUUGCAUCGCUGGACAGUUAUUCAGCUGCGAGUGUUUCUGGAGACGAGGCUGCGAUCGGUGGCACUUUUGCCGCUGUAUUCAAGAACAAGAAGGUAGAAGUACCAGAGGUUGAGAGAAAGUCACCAAUGCUUGUUCUCACUUCAGCAGCGGAGAAGCGCAAGACCUCUUUCUGUUAA